CACAAUCAUGGUGAUCCGAUAACAGGUAAAACCUGUCACUACGUCACCAUUUUGCCGACCGUUUGGAGAGUCUAGGAGAGUUACACCCUCAUGAAUCACAAAUCAACAGAUUGACAUAUUGACUAACAUUGAACAUCUCUUUUAUCAAAUACCUACCAGGAACAUGUAUCUUAGUCCUUCUGAAAUAAGGUAUAGUCAAGACAGUAUCGCCUGUACAUUUAGCUAUGGAAGCCAUUGUGGCCGACCUAUCGGUGAGACACUCGAUGACCUUUUGUUUGGCCGAUGUAGAGAUGAAGACAUACCAAUGAUGACUGUUACAUUCCGAAAUGGACACUGGUAUACUGGCGAUAAUCGUCGGCUCUGGGUAUUCCGGACAGCCGAAGAGUUGGGGAUUAUUGACUACACAAUUGAGGUAAAGAAAGGUUGGGUAAAUCCAAAUAAAUUCACCACGGAUAACCAAGGAGUGGACAUAGAAAUACGAGGUAACCCAGGAGGACGUGCCUGGAGAAAAGAGAGGCGGUUAAAGAAAAGGAUUACUCGUGACCCAUCACCACCGAAAACAGUGAAACCGCCAGUGCCUGUUUAUAACUUACCUCCUAUAAAAAUUGAAUUGAAACGAGAAGAUAUACCAGUAUUCCCGCACAAUGUUGUUCCUGUUGACAAUCGACAUUCAGAGUCGAAUAACUUCAACAAUUACAUUAAGGACACAACAAAAAAUUACAACGCACCGCCUCGCGGUCUACCGUCGAUAGGGAAUUCUGAUGGCUUGAGUUAUUCCAUGACAGGGAGUCCUACAGAGGGCCACGACAAUCCAACAUUUGUGAAAGGUAAGGAUAUUGACACAGAACGCGUUUUUGGGAUUGAUGAAGAAGUACCAAACAGUGAUGUCAAGAGCUCUUACACAGCUGAUGCCGAUGUCAACAAUUUGAUAGUGACAGUGAAUUCUUCGCCGGGUGUAUACUUACAAUCACACAAUGAUGACACUAGGGACCCGCCUACUUCAGUGGAUACGAUCGAAGAACGUUCUAAUGUCACGACUAACACAAGUACUACAGCGCUGGACAUUGAACCUGGAGAAAUUGUCAGUUAUAGACGGAGUACGUGGCUGACUUCACACAAGAGUCUUAUCAUUGGAAUCGUUGUUGCCUCCAUUGUGAUUUUGACUAUAAUUCUCCCGGUAGUGCUUGCAUUCACGAUUGGCAGUUGAUUUUCUUCACUUUCCAUCAAAGUGCGAGAUGCAUGUCAAAAUGCUUUUACAAUAUUUCUAGUUUAUACAGGAAAAGUCGCUAUAUGUAUUCAUAUCUUAAAUAUAAGUCUCGUAGUUAAUAACGACUGUAUGAUCCAAUAUGGACACUGGAUCCGAGGAAACAAAUGUUCGUUGGAUACGUAUUACUUAGAUAGAUAUACAUGUAUAAGUAAAGAAUUAUUAGUGGCAGUGCAGACAAAGGUCUUUGUCUUGGGCAAUCCUCACCUUUUUUGAGGACGAACACAUAAACACUUACAUACCACAGCAUAUUACAGAGAUAAAUAGUCACUUCGAAACCGGACUACAACAAGGCGUGAGUUCAAGUGAAUUAGUAGAAAAAAUGUGAUAAUGCUACGUAAGUUUUGCUACUUUAUGAUAUCCUAUAUUCUACGUAUAUGUUAUAACUGAAACAUGUAAAUAUUAUGAUACAUGUCAGCAAUACUCACCACUUAAUGAUGUUCGGUGCUCGUUGCUCUGUAAUACUUUGUAUUUUAGUAGUAACAAUAUAGUACGGAUAUAUGAAUUAUUCAUUAAUGUGAUUUUAAUCAUUAGAACAUGAUCGGCAGGCUUCCCCUUGUAAAUAUUGUACAGAUAUUAACUAUUUGCUCAAUUUGUUGUGGUUAUAUAAUAGUUAUAGCACAUAACUAUGAUAAAUAAUUGUUAUAUAAUAAAUAUAAUUCAUUUUUAC